AUGAUUGCAUUUAAAUUAACUCACCACUGUGAAGGCUCAUUUCUCCUCAUGUCGCAAAGGCGUGCCGUCGUUGUCGUGCUCGGCAUCCUGCUCUGUGUAUCUGCUGAACAGGCACCGAUAACGUGGCCGGAUCAACGCCACUUUCGUGCAAAAUUCACCCUAACCUGGCGCGGUUUCUUGUCUCUCUCUUGGCCCGUGAAGGAGUACUGGUCACAGAACGAUGUGUAUGAUUUCUCAGUAAAGGUUACACGAGUCGGAGAUGGGAGCUUUAUCAAGAGUGCUAACACGAAAUGGGAAAGUUUAAGUAUUGCAGUUGAUGGAAUUGAGGCCGAGUAUGUCGUCGUAGCCACAAUGAAGACCAAAUUCAACUUGUUGGGUGUAUCUGCUGUCGCCAGGAUAAAGACUGGCGGUAAGCUACCUCCUAUUUCACGAUGUUCUGAUUUGCAUUUGAUUAAUAUUGAAAUUUUGGAUUUUGUGCUCUUUAGAUGUUUCUACCUUCGGUUCUCGCAUCCCGUCAUUGAGGCUGGGAAUUUCUGCCGAGGCGAAGAACAUACGCCAAUGGCGAUCGCCGUGCCGAUCAAGAAUCAAUCGGUGACCUCUGUGCCUAGAACACACCAACUCGAAUUUAACAUUCCCGGGGCUUUGCUUCAAUCCCUUCCUAGGUUCAACGUCCAAACCUAUUCCAUUCCAACCAAAACAAGCUUUGAACGUAAACAUCCUUUUACACUUACUUUAAGGAAAACUAAAUGCAGAACUGUUUUAAAUGCUUUAGUUGAUCCACCGUGCGAUAUCUUUGGAAAGUUGACAUUGGUUUCAUCCACCACUGCUCGUCUCCUCAUCACCUUCCGUCCACCAGCCUCGCAUCCUCGAUUGAUCCAGAACUUCACUUUCAUUUUCAGUAAUACGAAUGAAACUAUUGUUUUCAAGGUCGUGAAUGGUACGGUAAGUGCUUUCUACUCCUCCUCUUCCUCCUCCUCCUCCUCCUCAAUGUGUAUUGCUGGGUGGGAGACUAAAGUAAAACGUCUCUCUCCACUUCUCCCUGAUCAUUCUCCAACAAGGAAUCCACCCGAACACAGUGCCAUGAAUUUCAUUGAUUACAAUAAACUUGUCAAAGCUCAAUACGACCGAUCCAUGUUUUUUGAAGUUUCGCCAAAGGCCUUCUACAAAUUUUCACUCAACUACACGAUUACAGCGUUUACAAACAACGCUUUGAACAAAAAAGCUGUCCAUUCCAUCGUAAUGCCCGAGUACUCCAUCUUACGGCCUCCAUAUCAUGAAAUAAUUGUCUCGUGGAAUGGUGUGACAGUUAAGUGGGACAAACCGCAAUCCCUUCAAACACUUUGCUCGUAUCUUGUGGAAGCGGCUCCGUAUAACAAGACUGCAAAUCGUGUACUUCAACAACCGCAUAAGAACCAACAACUAGUGACAUUCAACAACCUCUCUCCUACCACCAAAUACGCCUUUCGACUGCAAUCCAAUUGCACUGGAAACGAGCCCUUUUGGACCUACUUGGGAGAUGCUGAAACCGAGCCUGGAGUACCGGGAGUGCCAAGGGACAUCAAAUUGACAAAAGUUGGUGAAAAAUCUGUGAAUUUAACUUGGAAUCCUCCACUCCUUCUGCCUGGUGGUGAACACUACUACGAAUGGAGUUGUGUUUUCAUGACCAAAAAUGUCAGAAGACGAGAAAAAACGACAAACACAUUCCAGGUUUUCACAGAUGUUCCACCAGGCGAUAUGGUGUGCACAGUUCAAGCAGCAAUCAAGACACGCCGACACAUGGACAAUUUCGGGCCUAUCAGCUCACCGAUCAAACUGUAUGUCCAUCCAGCAGGUUAG